AUGUAUCCAUUUUUUAAAGAUGUAGAAUUCUCUAAAACAAGAGCUGUAUUAACAAAAAAACAACAGCAACUCAAGAGUCUAGGAUUGGGCAACAAACCAAAAACUGCAGAAGUGUUGGAUGAUGCGACCCUGGAUAAAAUGUAUGAAAAUGGUACACUUGGUGAUGGCAAUCCAAGAGCGUUAAUACAUUCCAUGUGGCUUAUUUGUACAAGUUAUUUUGGCAUGCGAACAGGCAAAGAAUGCCAUGACCUCUGCUGGGGAGACGUACAAUUAUGUAUCGACGAGGUGACGGGGCAAGAAUUUUUAAUGUAUGACAAAGAGAGACAAACAAAAACAAGAUCAGGUUGUAACCCUCGAGAUACAAGAACUGUAAAACCAAAGGCAUUUGGCAAUGAUGAAGACACACGAAAAUGCCCUAUUCACCUCUACAAGAUGUACCGAGAUAAAAGACCAGAGAGCAUGUGUUCGGAUGAAAGUCCUUUCUUUCUGACACCAGGCGGAGGCACUCAGAAGAGCUGGUAUAGAAAAGCUCCAAUGGGGAUCAACAAACUAUAUAACAUCAUGAAUGAUAUGAAAUCAGACGCCAACAUUACAAAUUCAAGAAUUACCCCAUAUAGUUCAAGGAAGAGACUGAUACAAAAACUCCAAGACGAGGGAGUUCCAGCAAAUCAAAUAGUACAGAUAUCUGGGCACAAGAAUAUCAACUCAAUCAACAACUACAGCAAAAUUAACAAUGAUCAAUCAAAGAACAUUUCUGACAUAUUAUCAAAUAAAAUCAGUAACACUCACUCAGAUCUCCAAGUUCGAAGUUCAACUCCAAAGUCUGCAUCCAUGACCAUGUCAGAUUGUGUUCGUGCAGGUGACAAUAAUGGAAAGCCUCCACAGGGUUUAUUUGCAUACAGUCAUUUCAACGGCAAUGUAACUUUUAAUUUCAACAGCUCAAUUUCUGAAAGCCUAUCCCAAAUGUCAGCCGUAACACUGAAUCGUAACACCAGCUCCGCCUCUGGAUCUGCAGUCGUUGACCCGUGUUCGCCGAUAAUUAGGCCAUACAAACGUAUCAGGAUGCUACCUGACAGUGACACUGAUUCUAAUUAAUAUGAAUUAGGCAAAUAAUGUACCUGUUAUGUUGUUCGUUCACUAGUUUGAUUUAAAUCCUUGUUUUGUUUAUAAUUCCCACACACGUUACGAAUGAAAAAAAAAUGGCGGAUUGAAAUGAACUGACUUCGAUUCACGCGCAGUAAUUCAGUAGCUUUAUCAGCCUAAAACUGUUGUUUACUCUGAAUAAAUUUACAAAACGAUUUCUUUUUUCUGUUUGACAUAAAUAAUAAAUGAAUAAAACCCUG